AUGCCAUUGGCGACCCCUCCUUCGCCGACGUAUUCAUACAGGAAGGGGGGUUUGCCCAAGCUGAGAUUCCUGGCUUUGCAUGCAACCGGCAACACAUUAGCGUACUGCCUCACAUCUCUGUCGCGGCUGCUGGAGCUCGACAAAGGAUGGGACCAUGUCACAGACGAUCUCACCAGGAGGAUAGUCGGACUCGUAGUCGCGCAACCACUCGUCAACGUCAAUCGUGGCGCAAUGUCAGUCCUCGCUGCCAUCGUUGGCAACCCCUCGCACCGCAACUCACAGCCCGGCGUCACUGGCUUCCAACGUCUGAAGCCAGUCAUCGAAUCGCACAAGCAAUUCUUGCCUUCGCUAGUCGAGAAGAUGACCUCCGCCGACCAUGCUCUAUGCGCCAACUCUCUUCAACUCAUAAAUGCUCUCAUGCGGGACACCAUUGCGAACGAAGCGGACUCAGAAUGGCCACGGUUCAUAAAACAGCUUCAGGAGCUGGGCGUGAUCAAGAGUGUGUAUGGGUUGAUGCAGAGCUCUGCAGUACAGGACUUGGCACACCCGCUGCUCGAUUUUCAAUCUCUGACCAAGAUCCUCUUGCGGAGGUGGAGGGAAGAAAAGGUAGAUCUGGAAAAGGCAGACCACCGGAGAGCUAUACGAGGGCUACAUGUGGCAAGCAACCCGGACCAGCCAGGAACAGAUUCGAAAGGCAGUAAACGACAGAGCCCUGCCAAGUGGAGACGCCUCGGCUUUGAGAGUGAAUCACCAGCGUUUGAAUUCAAUUCGACGGGAUUUCUAGGCCUGAUGGACCUCACCGAUUUUGUUUACAAGAACGAAGAUGGCUUCCAGAAGUUGUUGCUUGAGCAGUCGGCAGAGCCGCUCGACCAGCGUUGUCCAAUUGCUCGCGCUAGCCUUGCGGUCACAUCGACUUUAUACGAUCAUUUUGAGGUAGAUAAAGCAGAUGAAUCAGAAUCCAACAGAUACACGAUUCAGGACUCACGAGCAAAUUUCGAAAGAGCAUUCAAGCCUUUGCUCUUGCAUUGGUCGAGGCUACAUACGAGCGGCCUGAAUGCGUUCAUUCGACUUUGGAAGGCCGCAGGAGCGCAAUUAGAGGAUUUCGACAAGAUUGAAGAAUUGGUGCGUAUCUUGACUGAGCAGGUUGUGGGGCAAGCUCCUCGCACGAAAGAAAUCAAGGAUGUUGAGGAGGAGUUGGCCGAGUUUGACAUCCAGCGCCUAAGGGAGCUCCAGAUGGAGCUGCUCGAACUCACAUAUGAGGAUGCUUGGGGCCAUCACCUACGACAAGUUCGAGAUGAGCUCAGUCACGAAGCGCUUCAAUUUGUCAAAGAGCAGCGUAUCAGGUGCCUGCUUCAGGGCGCCUGGUUCCCUCAAACGAUGAACUACGGCACAGAAGCAGGACCGGUCACGAGCAAAACCCUCAGCCGAACUGUGCCCUCUUUAUGGCGAUUCGUUCGUCUUUCGCACAAUCGGCGAUAUUUGCACUUUUCGGACUUCGAAGAGAAGUUGCCAACAGAGCCUAGGCUGGAUGCCUUGCGAGACAAGAUCGAUCUUUCCAUCGUGUCUUCGGUUGUCAGCAACGUGUCGGCGUCGGCCCCAUCGACGGCGUCCUCUGACAGCACGCUCAAGGACGCUGCGCAUGCGAACACGUCAACAAGAAUCACCAUCCAUGGCUACUUGCCUGCGACGAGCCACUCGCGCCAGAAGUCGGACGCGUCGAAAAGCACGCAGAAAGAGUCGGUCCUUCUCCAGCUGCAUCCGCAAAGCCACACGCUGGCGUCGGAGUGGCUAGAUGGACUGCUGAUGCUGCUCAACCAACAGCCGAUUACGGCUGACACCAACAAACUCGUCAACCUCAUCGGCGGCUAUGGACUGAAAAUCCGACUGCUCAAUGUGCGAUUCGAGGAUGUGGGCAUGGAGGAGCCGAUCCUACCCAGCCGUGAGGGACUGGACGAUGACUACUAUUACGACAUUGGCGGCAUGGAGCCCGGGGUGUGA